UCCCACCAGGCGAACGGCCCCGAUUCUCCCACGCGUGCAACAAGUGGAGGAUUCCCAAAGAUACUCUUGCGAGUAGCCAUUACGUCACUUCGAUAAAGGAGGGAAGAAGAAGCGCCACUGGUUAGAGCCAUGGCUUCGAGCUCUUAUCUAAUUCCCGCAUUUCUCUGCAACAAUGGCGGAAAUUCCCGCCUCAGAUUCCAGCGCGCUGGAGCUUUCAAGCCCAAGAAGAGCUCGUUCAUGGCACCUAUCAGAGCGAAACAGGGAGAGAACUCGAUGCAAUACAGAAAGCUCGGGGAUUCCGACCUUCAAAUAAGCGAAAUAACGCUUGGAACUAUGACAUUUGGGGAGCAAAACACGGAGAAAGAGGCACAUGAAAUGCUUGGUUACGCAUUCGAACAUGGGAUCAAUAUCUUAGAUACUGCAGAAGCUUACCCAGUUCCAAUGAGGAAGGAGACACAAGGAAGAACAGAUCUUUAUAUUGGUCGUUGGAUGAAGUCUAGGCCCCGUGAUAAGAUAAUUGUGGCCACAAAGGUUUGUGGUUACUCAGACCGGUCAGCUUAUAUCCGUGACAAUGCAAAGGUCUUGCGGGUUGAUGCUGCUAACAUUAAAGAGAGUGUGGAAAAAAGCCUCAAGCGCCUCUCUACUGACUACAUAGAUUUACUGCAAAUACAUUGGCCGGAUCGUUAUGUGGCAUUGUUUGGUGAGUUCUUAUAUGAUCCUUCAAGGUGGAGGGAAAGCGUGCCAUUUUCCGAGCAACUCAAGGCUUUUCAGGAACUAAUUGAUGAGGGGAAGGUACGCUAUAUUGGUGUUUCGAAUGAAACUUCGUAUGGAGUGAUGGAGUUUGUUCAUUCUGCAAAGGUCGAUGGACUACCAAAGAUUGUCAGCAUCCAAAAUAGCUAUAGUCUGCUAGUUAGAUGUAAAUUUGAAGUUGAUCUGGUUGAAGUUUGCCAUCCAAACAACUGCAACGUCGGCCUACUUUCUUAUUCUCCACUAGCUGGAGGAUGUCUUACUGGAAAAUAUUUGGAUAGUAAUUCCGAAGCUGCAAAAAAAGGACGGCUAAACCUUUUUCCAGGAUACAUGGAUAGAUACAACAAAUCCAUUGCUAAGGAAGCGACUGAAUUGUAUGUCCAAUUGGCUAAGAAGCACGGCCUGACGCCAGUUCAACUCGCGCUUGGAUUCACUCGGGACCGACCAUUCAUGGCCAGCACGAUCAUUGGGGCGACUUCCCUCGACCAACUGAAAGAAGACAUGGAUGCUUUCGUGACGGCACCGCGGCCGUUGCCCCCCGAAGUUGGAGCAGGAAUUGAGGAUAUCUUUAAGAGAUUCAAAGAUCCAGCAAUCCUUUGAGGCCGGAUGGUGUAGAAAUUCAGGCAAAGCUGUUCGUUAUUUUCUUUUAUUUGGAUUGAGUUGCAUGGGAAUAAGGAGGAAGUUGAGAUGCCAUUGUAGUGUUCUGGUCCUGAGUAUAGCUCAUUCUGGGCUGGGCUUGGUCUGAGCCUUGAGGCUUAUGGCUUUGAUCAAUGCCUGAACUUUAGGCUCACUAACUAAUUGAGCUGGACCUUAGUUUGCAUAUGCCGAAAGGCCUGACCAGUCACCUAGUCAUUUAAUGGAUCAGCCAAGUAUUUUGCUGGCUGCCCAGCUUGGUUCAAGAAAAUUCCUUUGGGCCUGUUUGGUAGCAGCAAAAAUCUAGUCCUGGAUAAAUCUUGGCCAGGCUCUUCCAGUCUUGUAUUUGCCAUUAGAAACCUUUCAUAUUAUGUGAAGGGCCCUCCAUGUUUUAUAUAUGUCAUUUGAUCCA